AUGCUGAGGCCUGAGACCUCGCCAACCUUGCCUUCCGUGCCUGUGGUAUCUCCCUCAUCAAUAGAGGCUCGGCUACAGGGUCCCCGCUUCAGUUUUCGACUCCAGGAGACUCCUCAGAGCCGCCCGUCCGCUCAGGCCGUCUCUGCGUCCUCUCCUCCCGGCACUUCUGGCGUGGUGGGCGACAGGAGCAGUAGCAGCAGUCUCCCGCCGCACCCGCCAAACACCCCGCCAGUGCAAGGUUCAUGCUUUGGAAACAGAAGAUCUUAUGCAGAAAAUACAGCUGCAUCAAAUUUUACUUUUGGUACAAGCUCAUCUUCUGCAAGAGACACUAAUUAUCCUCAAAUACUAAAAACUCCAUUGUCUGCUGGAAAUCCCCAGAGAUCAGGUUAUAGAAGUUGGACACCUCAAGGGGGAUAUUCAGCUACAUCCUCAUCUGCAGUUUCUGCACACUCCCCAUCAGUUAUUGUAGCUGUUGUAGAAGGGAGAGGACUCGCCAGAGGUGAAAUAGGAAUGGCAAGUAUUGAUUUAAAAAACCCACAGAUUAUACUCUCCCAGUUUGCAGACAAUACAACAUAUACAAAGGUGAUCACUAAACUCAAAAUUUUAUCACCUUUGGAAAUAAUAAUGUCAAAUACUGCCUGUGUUGUGGGGAAUUCAACCAAGUUGUUUACUCUGAUCACAGAAAAUUUCAAGAACGUUAAUUUCACUACUAUCCAAAGGAAAUACUUCAAUGAAACGAAAGGAUUAGAGUACAUUGAACAGUUUUGCAUAGCAGAAUUCAGCACCGUCUUAAUGGAGGUUCAAUCCAAGUACUACUGCCUUGCAGCUGUUGCAGCUCUGUUAAAAUAUGUUGAAUUUAUUCAAAAUUCAGUUUAUGCACCAAAAUCGCUAAAGAUUUGUUUCCAGGGUAGUGAACAGACAGCUAUGAUAGAUUCAUCAUCAGCCCAAAACCUUGAAUUGCUAAUUAAUAAUCAAGACUGUAGGAAUAAUCACACUCUCUUUGGUGUUCUAAAUUAUACUAAGACUCCCGGAGGGAGUAGAAGACUCCGUUCUAAUAUAUUAGAACCUCUAGUUGAUAUUGAAACCAUUAACAUGAGAUUAGAUUGUGUUCAAGAACUACUUCAAGAUGAAGAACUCUUUUUUGGACUUCAGUCAGUUAUAUCAAGAUUUCUUGAUACAGAACAGCUUCUUUCUGUUUUAGUCCAAAUUCCAAAGCAAGACACGGUCAAUGCAGCUGAAUCAAAGAUAACAAAUUUAAUAUACCUAAAACAUACCUUGGAACUUGUGGAUCCUUUGAAGAUUGCAUUGAAGAACUGUAACACACCUUUAUUAAGAGCUUACUGUGGUUCCUUGGAAGACAAGAGGUUUGGAAUCAUACUUGAAAAGAUUAAAACAGUAAUUAAUGAUGAUGCAAGAUACAUGAAAGGAUGCCUGAAUAUGAGGACUCAGAAAUGCUAUGCAGUGAGGUCUAACAUAAAUGAGUUUCUUGACAUAGCUAGAAAAACAUAUACAGAAAUUGUAGAUGACAUAGCAGGAAUGAUAACACAACUUGCAGAAAAAUACAGUCUUCCUUUAAGGACAAGUUUUAGCUCUGCUCGAGGAUUUUUCAUCCAGAUGAGUACAGAUAGUACAAACCUUCGCAAUGAUCAACUUCCUUCAGAAUUUAUUAAGAUUUCUAAAAUGAAAAAUUCUUACAGCUUUACAUCAGCAGAUUUAAUUAAAAUGAAUGAAAGAUGCCAAGAGUCUUUGAGAGAAAUCUAUCACAUGACUUAUAUGAUAGUGUGCAGACUGCUUAGUGAGAUUUAUGAACAUAUUCAUUGUUUAUAUAAGCUCUCUGACACUGUGUCAAUGCUGGAUAUGCUUCUGUCAUUUGCUCAUGCCUGCACUCUUUCUGACUAUGUUCGACCAGAGUUUACUGAUACCUUGGCAAUCAAACAAGGAUGGCAUCCCAUUCUUGAAAAAAUAACUGUGGAAAAACCUGUUGCCAACGAUACCUAUAUUACGGAAGGGAGUAAUUUUUUGAUCGUAACUGGACCAAAUAUGAGUGGGAAAUCUACAUAUUUAAAACAGAUUGCUCUUUGUCAGAUUAUGGCCCAGAUUGGAUCCUAUGUUCCAGCAGAAUAUUCUUCCUUUAGAAUUGCUGAACAAAUUUUUACAAGAAUCAGUACUGAUGAUGAUAUUGAAACAAAUUCAUCAACAUUUAUGAAGGAAAUGAAAGAGAUAGCAUAUAUUCUACAUAAUGCUAAUGACAAAUCGCUCAUAUUAAUUGAUGAACUUGGUAGAGGUACUAAUACAGAAGAAGGAAUUGGAAUUUGUUAUGCUGUUUGUGAACAUCUGCUGAGCUUAAAGGCAUUUACGCUGUUUGCUACACAUUUCCUGGAACUAUGCCAUAUAGAUGUCCUGUAUCCUAAUGUGGAAAACAUGCAUUUUGAAGUUCAACAUGUAAAGAACCCCUCAAGAAAUAAAGAAACAAUCUUGUAUACCUACAAACUUUCUAAGGGACUCACUGAAGAAAAAAAUUAUGGAUUAAAAGCUGCAGAGGUGUCAUCACUCCCACCAUCAAUUGUCUUGGAUGCCAAAGAAAUCACGACUCAAAUUACCAGACAAAUUUUGCAAAACCAAAAGAGUACUCCUGAGAUGGAAAGACAGAGAGCUGUGUACCAUCUAGCCACUAGGCUUGUUCAAACUGCUCGAAACUCUCAAUUGGAUUCAGACAAUUUACGAAUAUAUUUACGUAAUCUCAAGAAGAAGUAUGAAGCAGAUUUUCCAAGACUUGAACAAGUUCCAGAAAAGACUGAAGAAUAA